CCAUGGUGCCUACUGCUGUCCUUUUUCUUCUUCCCUCUUUCAAUAGCAUUUUUGGGGCAGCAGGAUUCACCUACUGGGCACAAAACAUCAUCUGACAAUUGCCGCUCAGCCAGUGGUGUCCAACUUCAAUGUGACGUGUUGUUUGCAGCACUGGGAUGUGUAGUGUGGUGCAGACCGGACGCCACCAUAAUGGAGGCUGCGGGUAGCGAGGGAUUGAAGUUGAAAUGGCAGAUCAGUAUCAAGAAUGUAUGGAGUUUGCUGUCCAAGUAGCAAGACAAGCUGGAGCCGUGAUAUGUGCAGCAAUGAAAGAAGAAGUUUCUGUGAUGUUGAAGAGCUCCCCGGCUGAUCUGGUGACGGCUACAGACCAGAAAGUUGAAGAGAUGAUUAUCUCAUCAAUCAAGGAGAAAUAUCCAUCUCACAGUUUUAUUGGUGAGGAGUCGGUGGCAGCCGGUCAGGGGAGUACUCUGACAGAUAACCCAACGUGGAUUAUCGAUCCUAUUGAUGGCACAACUAAUUUUGUUCACAGGUUUCCUUUUGUGGCUGUAUCAAUUGGUUUUGCAGUGAAUAAGCAGGUUGAAUUUGGUGUUGUAUACAGCUGUGUAGAAGACAAGAUGUACACUGGCAGAAAGGGAAAGGGGGCGCAUUGUAAUGGUCAGAAGUUGCAAGUCUCUGGGCAAAAAGAUAUCACAAAGUCCAUGAUCAUUACAGAACUGGGAUCAAAUCGUAACCCAGAAGUCAUAAAAACUGUUCUGUCCAACAUGGAGAGGCUGCUGUGCAUCCCAAUCCAUGGGAUCAGAGCAGUGGGCACGGCUGCUGUAAAUAUGUGCUUGGUGGCUACAGGAGGAGCCGAUGCCUAUUAUGAGAUGGGCAUCCAUUGCUGGGAUAUGGCAGCUGCAUCAGUCAUUGUUACAGAGGCUGGAGGGAUUGUCCUUGAUGCAAAAGGAGGACCAUUUGACUUGAUGUCCUGUAGAGUGAUUGCAGCGAGUAGUAAGGAAAUAGCAGAACAUAUCUCCAAAGAACUUCAGCUUAUACCAUUAGUGAGGGAUGAUGGAAAGAAGGAGUGAACAAGUCUGAUGGUGUUAGACACAUCUGUAUUCACUGAUUUAGCACUCUACUUAAUAAUAAAAAGCCAUUAACUUAGGGAUCUAAUAUUCCAAGUACAAAAUUGUUAGUGUUUUAUUAUUUAGCUUGUUGUGAUGACCAUUAAAUGUACAGUUCUGUUUUCAGCUUUUCCAAAGUGCAAUCUCUGGUUAAAAAUGUCAAAAAAAAGUCAUACAAGGCACAAAUGAAUAACUGAAAAAUGUCUUAGAGGACAGCAGGCGGCUGGUUAUGUUUCCUACACCAAAUCUGUACUUGUCUGUGUAUAGUAGAUAUGCUGUACCCUCGUAUGCAGCCAUACCUGAUUGUAUAAGUCAGAUCUCUUCUUCUAGACUGAACACUUUCGGUGUGAAUGCUAAGCUGCAAUAAAGAGAUUUAUUUAUUUUUGAUCUAAAA